UGGCGUUUAUCAUUGUACUGGUGACCAUGUGAUGUGCGUUGUUUGGUUCCGUGAAUGCUCGAGGAUGCGUUGAAGGUUAUAGAGAAAUGAAGUGGACUCUGAGAAUAAGCGGUGGACCUAGGCGCGUUAAUCACGCUGCUGUUGCUGUCGAUCAAAUCAUUUAUUCAUUUGGUGGAUACUGCACUGGAGAGAAUUUCAAAGACUUCACUCCUAUUGAUGUUCACGUCUUCAAUACUUUGACCAUGAAGUGGAGAAGUUUUCCGGUCAUCAGGAGGGAAGAUCCAAGGGCUGAUGAAGUUCCAUUUCGGAGAUAUGGACACACAGUUGUUGAACAUUUUGGAAAGGUCUACCUUUGGGGUGGAAGGAACGAUGAACAGGCAUGCAACAUUCUCUACUGCUUUGACACAAGAACACACUGUUGGAGCUGUCCUCGAGUGCAUGGACAAAUUCCAGGUGCAAGAGAUGGACAUUCUGCUGCCAUACUUGGCAAUAGAAUGUUCAUCUUUGGUGGAUUUGAAGAGGAGUCCCAGACAUUCUCUCAUGAUUUAUAUUGUCUGGAUUUGGUGACCUUCACAUGGACAUUAGUCACAACCAAUGGGACUCCACCAAGAAACCGAGAUUUUCAUACAUGCACGGCACUUGGGGACUGCCUUUAUGUGUUUGGAGGCAGAGGAGAUGUUGCAGGAGCAAUUCACACACGUCGUGAGGUCUAUGACAAUGCCAUGGUAGUCUUCAAUACUGUGUCAAACCAGUGGACCUAUCCCCAGGUUCAAGGAGAUAUUCCUUUGGGCAGAAGAAGUCACUCUGCUUUUGAGCAAAAUGGAUAUAUUUAUAUAUUUGGUGGCUAUAAUGGAAUUGAGAAACAACACUUCAAUGACCUUCACCAGUUUGAUCCUGUGCGGAAGGAAUGGAAGAAGCUUAAUCCAAGUGGGCAAGUUCCAUGGGGCAGAAGACGACAAACAUGUUGUGUCAUUGGGAAUUGGAUGUAUCUCUAUGGAGGAACAAGGCCAUUGCCAGGGGCACUCCCACCAAGUGAUGAAGAUGACCCUGACAACCCACCCUCUCUCUUGGAUUUGGGGGAUCUUUGUGUCCUUGAUUUCUCUCCAUCCCUUCGUGUACUAGCAAUGCUGGAAGUGGUUCGGUAUCAACUGGAAGCCAAGUAUCUCCCUCUAGAAUUGAAGUGA